AUGAUGACGAACAAAGCCAAGAGUGAUUGGGCCAAGGACACGCCUUGCAAAAACAUCACGAUAUAUGGUUAUUGUAAAUACGAGAACGACGGGUGUAUCUUUAAUCAUGGAAAACCAUCAUCAACAACCCCCUCCAACCAAGUCGCAGCAUCCCAUGUGGUUCCUACAACUGGUGUUUCAGCUCCCCUAGGGACAAUAUCGAUAAACAAUCCUGCUAAAUCAACUUUCAAUGCGAAGACAGCUACUAGUUUUACUCCUUCGUUGGCUAUUCCUGAUUUCAAUAGUAUCCAGAGCUUCACGCCAGAACGGGUCAUCUCUUCUCCAGCAGCUGGCGAAAUAAAUAACUCAGCUUAUACUACCAGCUAUAACCCUUAUGGUUCGAACAGUUUCAAUCCAUCAGCCAAUGCGUCAGGAUCAGCUUCUGCAGCGUUCCCAGUUCCACCUUCAGGAAACAAUCAGAUUCCACCACCUCCUCCUCCUCCCCCACCUGCACCCCCAGCGUCAAGACCAGGUCCUGUGGGUGGGCCUGGUUAUAUCCCAACCAUUGCGGGAACUACCUUUCCAACGGUUUAUCCACCAUCCCAUUCGAUUCUCCAGUAUCAUCUAUACGCUCCGGACCCGCCUCCUCAUCUGCAGGUACCGUUGAAGGCAAAUGAGCGAACACCGGAAACGCUUUUCAUUCCAAAUAAGAUACGGGAGCAGUUUGUGAAACGCAAUUUAUCUGCCCUUCAAGUUUUCCCAUCUGGUGGCAAUUUACCAGACAUCGUUGGCGAUUAUUUUGGACUUGUACCUCUCGAAUUCCACAACAGACAGCAAAACAAGGAGCGCUAUUUUGGCCAUCAAAACUCUUUAUACAAGGUAUUCUCUAAUUUUGAUGGUAAGGUAUACAUACUCCGUCGUAUCCAUGAUGUAAAGAUGGUUGACGUCACUCAAGUUUCUAUUCCUUUCAGAAAAUGGCAAAAAGUAACUGGUUCUAAUGUUGUUAAGUUGAAGGACGCUUUCACUACAAGAGCUUUUGGAGACUCAUCAUUAUGUGUCGUCCAUGACUACUAUGCCCAAUCUAGUUCACUCUAUGAAGCACACGUAUCCAGUUAUACCGUUAGCCCAGUUACUCAAGAGUAUCUCUGGAGUUACCUGGCUCAAUUGACUAACGCAUUACACGAGGCCCAUACUCACGAUCUCGCGAUGAAUACCAUAAAUCUAGAAAAAGUGAUCGUUACGGGCGACCCUGGUCGUAUCAAAGUGGGCGACUGUGGAAUAUACGAUAUUCUAGCAUUCGACGAAAACCGUGACAUUGCAUGGGAACAGCAAAGGGACUAUAAGGCCCUAGGUACCGUACUACUAAGCCUAACCCAUAAGAUGCUUGGAACUAAGGACCAGCAGCUAGAACUUAUGGAGAUCGACCCAGUGUUUAAAAAUGUCCUAUCCUAUCUAUUGUGCGAUCAGCACAAGUCCAUCCAAGAGUUUACAGCUCUUUUCAGCUACAAAAUGCUCAGUGUCAUCGGUUCCUUUCAGAACUAUUCAGAAUUUAUCGAGCAACAGCUGUCCAGAGAAUUAGAAAACGGUCGCCUAUUUAGAAUCAUGUGCAAAUUGAACUUCAUUUUCGGGAGAAUGGAGUCAAGCGUCGACAUAAACUGGUCUGAAUCAGGUGACAAGUUCCCCAUAAUUCUAUUCUACGACUACGUAUUCCACCAAGUCGAUGAGAAUGGCAAGUCCAUCAUGGAUCUGACUCACGUACUUCGUUGUCUAAAUAAACUUGAUACUGGAGUUUCCGAAAAGAUUAUUCUUGUUACACCAGAUGAGAUGAACUGCAUUGUUAUUAGCUACAAAGAGUUGAAAGAUUCCAUUGACUCUACCUUCAGGUCCAUGACGCAAUAG